UCACCAAUGAUCAGUAUGAAUUUACGUCUCGAACUGUUAAGGGAUCAGAAAAUGCAUCAUCAUCCGCACCAGUUGCCACCCUAUGAAGCAAUGGGACUCUAUGAGCAACCCAAGCCGCGCUUCAUAUUCAAAAUGCCACGCGUUGUACCGAAUCAAAAGUCCAAAUACGAAUCGGAUGAGCUCUUCCGGCGACUGAGCCGAGAGAGCGAGGUGCGAUACACAGGCUACCGGGGACGCGCCAUAGACGAGCGUCGGAUGCGUUUCGUCACUGACUGUCGCAAGGGCUACGCUGAGCUCUCGUUUGUCCCAACGGGCACCAAUCUGCAGCUCUACUUCAAUGCCAAUCACAAUCCCUACGCCCAGGAACAGGAGUGCGAUUUCGACAAGGAACACGGAAAGGUGCACUUGCGCUCCAAUUUCAUUAUGAAUGGCGUUUGUGUGCGCUUCCGUGGCUGGUUGGAUCUGGAGCGAUUAGACGGCGUUGCCUGCCUGGAUUUCGAUGAAGGUCGCGCCCUACAGGAGGAUGCCCAGCUGGCGGAACAGAUCGAGAGCUACAAUCAACGCAUGGCUGACUCGAAACGUAUGUAUACACCGCCACAAGAGGCGAUGCUACGUGGUCCUGGACCUGGUCCCGGUCCCGGUCCAGUUCCAGGAGCUCCAAUGGGGUGGUGAAACUAGCUUGGACUUGAUUUUAUGAAUUCUUUAGGUUUACUAUAGCAUUUACGUUUAAAGUCUUAGUUUAUAUUGAUCGGAAAUAAAAUGUCAUGAAAAAGAA